AUGUCAUCAGAAACAGAUAUUGAUAUAGAAGCUAAAAAAUUACUUGAUCGAUUAAAAAAUAUUCGUAUUCCAUCUAUUUUAAAAUCUCAAAAUAUAUUUAAAUAUAAAGUUCAUUGGUCAUCAAAUGGUAUUAAUGGACAAGAUCAUUCGAAAUAUAUAGAACAAUUUAAUAAUGAUUUUUAUACAUCAAUUAAAGAACAAAUUGAUCGUUGUGUUCAAUCACGUUAUACAAUUGGUUCGGAUAGUUUACAACAUGAAAUAUUAGAACAUGCUAUACAAUGUAAAACACAUAUUGGAAAAUUUCAUGGAAGAAUUGAUGUUUUAUCUAAAUUAGAAAAAUAUAUAAAGAAUAAUAGAGAACAUCAACCAUGUGUUAUAUAUGGUGAUUCUGGAUGUGGAAAAACAAGUGUAUUAGCAAAGACUGCAAUAGAGGUAUUUAAAUGGUGGUCAGAUCGAUCUGUUUCAGUUAUUUUACGUUUUCUUGGGUGAGUUAAAUAUAAACAGAAGAGAGAGAGAGAGAGAGAGUGGGGUGUGGGUGUGGGUGUGGCUGUGUGGGUGGGUGUGGGUGUGGUUGUGGGUGUGGGUGUGGGUGGGU